GCGAAGCGUUGAAGCUUUAGUUGAGUUUCCGGUCAAGACGUGGAGUGGAGCGGCCAUGGCUGCCUCUCUUUCGGCGCCUGCUUGGGAGUUCCACUUGCCUUUAACUUCCGCCGACUUGCUUCGCAGCGCCGCGCCUUCGCAGUACGCGGUGCAGGAGGUCUUGCCCGUCAAGCAGCUCCCGGGCCGGCUUUCAGAAUUUCGGAGAGCAUUCAACACACAAGGAGCUCUUGCUAUCCUGCAACAUUUUGAUACUCUAUACAGUAUUCUACACAACUUCAGAACUGUGGAUUCUGUUGUCAAGGAAGAUGCCCUAGAACUGAUGAUGAAGGUUGUGAUGAGCCAUUCCACUGCCCUGGCAUCCAUCCUGAGUAGUGCUGAUCUGGUGUCCUCACUUCGUGCUCUUCACCUGAAUGCCCUCAAGAUGAACUCUUAUGUACUAGUACGGCUGGGAGAGGCUUUUGAAAUGGAGUCUGGCAAAAACAACUUGGUGGGCCUGAAUUCCAAGAUAAAGGGCAAGAAAAACAAUGCUAAAGCCUUUCUGUGGGAAGAGGAAAGGCAGUCUGUCUUACAACUGUUCACACAGUUACUUCAGCUGGACCUUCAUCACUUGUGGAGUGGCUUGGUAGUGGAGGAAGAGUAUGUCAGUUUAGUGACAGGUUGUUGUUAUCGCAUCCUGGAAAAUCCUAGUAUUGGCCAUCAAAAGCAUCAGCCAACACGAGAGGCAAUUAUCCAUCUAUUAGGAGUUGCUCUACGACGAUAUAAUCAUAUGCUCAGUGCCACCCUGAGGCUCGUGCAUAUGCUUCCACACUUUGAACAUGUCGCUCCAGUGUUUGUGGAGGCUGUGGGUGUGUGGAUCAAGGAGUACGGUAUGAAGAGCAUUAUGGGAGAGUUACUCAGGGAGAUUGGGAAGAAGUGCCCUCAGGAGCUGGCCAGAGACGCUUCAGGGACAAAAGGCUAUGCCACCUUCCUUGCAGAAGUAGCUGAACAAACACCGUCCAUUGUGUUGGCCAACAUGAGUGUCUUACUUCACCAUCUGGAUGGAGAGAGCUAUGCGAUGCGUAACGCCAUUUUGACAGCUAUGGCAGAAGUGUUGCUGCAGGUCUUGAAUGGAGAGCAACUGGAAGAAACAGCAAAGAGUACAAGGGAUGACUUUUUGGAAACUUUGCAGGCACAUGUGUGUGAUAUCAAUGUAUUUGUGCGUAGUCGUGUACUGCAGCUCUUCACACGAAUUGUGCAACAAAAAGCCCUGCCUUUGACUCAAUUCCAUGCUGUAGUGUGUCUAGCUGUAGGUCGGCUACAAGACAAAUCUAUAAAUGUAGUGAAAAAUGCUAUUCAGCUGCUAGCUGCUUUCCUUUCCAACAACCCUUUCUCUUGUAAGUUAAGCUCCACAGAGUUAACUGAACUACUUGAAAAGGAGAAGCAGAAACUUCAAAAAAUGAAGGAACGCCGAACCACAACCGCAGUGGUGAUUUCUCCAGAGGAGGAAUGGGAAGCAAUGCAACCAGAGCUCCAGGCUACUCUGAAGAGUUGCCUUACCUCACAGGAACAGGAAGAUACAAGGCACACAUUCACAAUAGAGGACCCAGAACAAUUAUCCAACAGCGUUGUCCAGCUUUUGAGAAAAUCAAAUUACAAAGAUGCCAUCCAUCUGGUGCAAGAAGGGAUAAAUCAGUUCCAAGAGGUGGAACCCUUCAAGCAAAUAAUAGAGAAUGAUCAUGAAGAUCUUAUCCAGAGCAUGUUGAGAUCCUUUUAUCUAGGUUCUCGCACUGAAAACAGUAUUCAGGAAUCCGCAAAUGGUACACAAAAUGCUGAGAACGAAGAUCAAGCGCAGAACGAAGAAGAGCCCCCAGAAGAGUUGGUGAAGCAGGAGAUGCUUGUACAGUAUUUGCAGAAUGCUUACAACUUCUCUGAAAAAAUCACUGAAGCCUUGAAUAUGGUCUCCAAACUGAUGUAUGAAAGUUCUGUCUCCGUGGUACAAGAAGCCAUUGAGUUCUUUGUGAUAGUCUCUCAGUUUGGCAUCCCUCAGGCUGUUCUAGGAGUCCGCCAAAUGCUUCCCCUUAUAUGCUCUAAGGAUCCAGGAAUCAGAGAAGCUGUGUUGGAUGCUUACAGGAAGCUCUACCUCAACCCUAAAGGAGACACUGAAAGGAGUAGAGCUCAAAACCUGAUGCAAUCUCUUUUCCUUCUCAUGAUCGAUGCGUCAUUGGGGACUAUUCAGUGCCUUGAAAAAAUUAUCUCUGAAUUUGUUCAAAAAGAUGAGAUAAAACCCGCAGUGAUCCAGUUGCUGUGGGAGCGAUUUGCAGAGAAAUCACCGUGCUCAGUGCUGGAGCGUCGUGCUUCUAUCAUGCUUUUGGGAAUGAUGGCAAGGGGGAAACCUGAGAUUGUAGGGAGCAACCUUGAUAUCUUGAUAACAGUGGGACUGGGUGAACGUGUGCAUGAAGAUUAUCGCUUUGCCUUGGAAGUGUGUAAUGCCAUCUCUAAAAUUGGCAAUAACCAUAAGCCUAGUCCUGGAAAAAGCAGCUCCCCAUUCCGGCUUCCCCAGUCACACAUACUCUUCGAGCGCCUGCGUGAAGUCAUAACCGUGGGCUUUGGAAGACCUUGUGCACACUGGAUCCCUUUCACCCAGGCAGCAAUUACUCUCAUCUAUCAAUUGGCAGAAGGGCCUGACGAAAUAUGUGCCCAGAUCUUACAGUCUUGUAGCCACCAAGCCUUGGAGAAGUUGCAGGAGAAAGAAGGUUCAGAGGCAGAUGUGGCCGACUCCUCUCCCAAUGAAGUUGCAGAUGAUUCUAGCACAAUUGACACCACAGUGUUGACACAUUUGGUCUCCCUUGCGGGGGAUGUGGCCUUGCAGCAGCUAGUGCAUUUGGAGUUAUCAGUAAGCAGUGAGCUACGAAGGCGGCGGCUCCUUGGGGAAGAACAACAAGCAAAUGAACAUGCAGCAAACAAUACAAAAGCACAAAAGAACAAGAGCACUGGGAAUGAGACCACCAUGGAUGAGGACCUCGGAUUGGUUGGGGCUUCUGCGGAGGACACGGAGGCAGAACUCAUCCGCAGCAUUGAGGAGACAGAGCUCCUGGAUGGAAAACAGUUGCUUUCAGCUUUUAUCCCACUGGUGCUCAAGAUUUGUAACAACCCAGGACUCUAUGGUGAUCCGGUGUUGACAGCCGCGGCUGCAUUGACCCUUGGAAAACUCUGCAUGAUCAGUUCAGAGUUUUGUGAUGCUCACUUGCGGCUCUUCUUCACAAUGAUGGAAAAAUCCACCCACUCCAGUGUGCGCGCCAACCUAAUGAUUGCAGCUGGAGACCUGGCCAUCCGCUUCCCCAACCAGGUGGAACCCUGGACACCUCACCUGUAUGCCAGGCUGCGUGAUCCUUGUCCGUACGUGAGGAAGACAGCUGCUUUGGUAAUGACUCACUUGAUCCUGAAGGACAUGGUAAAAGUGAGGGGACAAGUGAGUGAAAUGGCCACUCUUCUUAUUGAUCCUGAGGAGGAAAUUGUUGGGCUGGCCCGGAACUUCUUCACUGAACUCUCCAGCAAGGACAACGCUGUGUACAACUUGCUACCAGAUAUUAUCAGCCGUCUCUCAGAUCCAGAAUCGGGCAUAGAGGAACAGUCUUUCCGGACCAUUAUGAGGCAACUUUUCUCUUAUAUCACAAAGGACAAGCAGACAGAGAGUUUGGUGGAAAAGCUUUGUCAGAGAUUCCGGACUGCGCAAACAGAGCGUCAGCACCACGACCUGGCUUAUUGCCUGACCUUGCUGCCACUCACAGAACGGGGUCUCCGUAAAAUGCAAGACAAUUUUGAUUGCUUUGCUGACAAACUUCAGGACAAAGAGGUCUACAAUUGCUUCCUGGCGAUGCUGGUUCGACUCCGCAGGGUGGGGACAAAGCCUGAGAUGAAGGCUAUUACCGAAGAAUUUGAGCAGAAACUCCGGGUGUGUCACAGCAAGGGUCUGGACUCUGUCAUUGAAGCUCCUGGGGAGUCUAUAGGCCAAGAAGACAAGAAUAUUUCUAUGCUGCAGUCGUCGAAAAAAACAGCAGCAAGCUCACGCCGACGACCUCUACGUAGCAGCAAUAGAGAUUCAGACUCUUCCUUCAUCACUCCUGAGCCUUGUGUUUCCAGACCUCACAGAAAGACCAAAUCAAAAAUUACUAUUGUCUUUUCUAGCGACGAGGAGAACAGUCUGGAGGAAGAACUCCAUGCUGAAAUGACAGAGGAGGAAACACCUAAGAAAACCACACCCAUUUCCCGUAAAUCAUCCCGCAGUGUGCGGUGACGUUGCCUUCCUCUGACUGCAGGAAGCAGCCAUGUAGGCAUGUCUUAUUUCCUUGUGCUGCCCCAGCAAGGUAGAGAUCAUAUCGUUGAUCCCCACUUCCUGCCUCUGUUAUUUCUCCUUGCCAGUAAUCUAUGAUGGGCUUGUCUUGCUUUUAAUGACUUGCUCAUUCCAUAUAUUUUGUAUAGUGUUACCUUCUCGUUCGUUUAAUCUUUUUUUUUUCCUGUGGACAUUUGAUUUGUUUGGAAUAAAGCUUUUUGUGUUUAUGAUGCA